CACCAGGCCUCAAGCCAUCCAAGCCGUUCGAAAGCGCAAGCAGCUUGUCCCUUCCGCGUCCGCGCGCACGCUUUCUCAUGCAUGCGUGUAUGCAAGCCGGGCCCUUCUUUUCAGCCUUGCAGAGCGCAGACCCGGUCAGCUGGUAGCGUGCAGCCUUGUCCCACACCGUCUUUAACCAGUUUGGAUAGCUGCGCCUAUUGUUCGAAACGAAGGUGCUCGGAGUGAGUAAUGGCGCCUUUUGGCUCUAACAUUGCUGCUCUAUACGGGCACAGAUAUCGCUUUCAACACAGUCGCAACUGGCUCCACCGAUCCAGCCUGACCACCGCUUCGGGCUGUCGAAAGACGCCUCCAUCGCAUCGUCUUUCACUCAGUACUGACUGCACGUAAACAUUCCAUCCCUUCAGCGACCAGGGUGUGCGAAAGGCCACGCAAACCGCAACCGCGCAUACCGACGGAUGCCUUUCUAGCAACCCGAUGGUACUGUAGUGACCAGCUCGACCGUCGCAGCUCGUUUUGGCUGUGCCUAUAUACCCGCAAUGUAAGCGCAGCUCUGCGCCUCAUCUGACAGAUAGAAUUCUGCACGCAGCCAUCCGGCGUG